GGAGUUUGAAGGUUGUUUGAUUGACUUCAAGUGUUGAGCGGUUGGUAGAAUGUGGUUGUUUGUUGGGAAUGUAUUUGAUGUUUCUUAGUUUGUGUGAUCGCUCAGAUAUCGGAUAUCAGUAACUCAGCUGCUGGCAGAUCACAGAAAAGUAACAAAGAUGCCUAGUGUGACUACAACAAGUACUGUCAGUCCAUCAGGAGUUCGUUUAAUACGUAAAACUUCAUGUACUGGUACCAAUGAUCAAGCUACUAAUUCUUCGUUUCAACAUAAUCCUGACAGAAAAUCAUUAAGAGAUCAACCAAAUGUUGGGAAAUAUAAGUUGAUUCGUACACUUGGUCGUGGUAAUUUUGCAAAAGUUAAAUUAGCACAACAUGUUUCAACUGGACGUGAAGUUGCUGUGAAAGUGAUCGAUAAAACUCAGCUUAAUCAGGCCAGUUUGAAAAAACUAUUCCGUGAAGUGAAUAUUAUGAAAAUGUUAAAUCAUCCAAAUAUUGUUCGCUUGUAUGAAGUGAUCGAAUCUGAACGUCAUGUAUAUCUAGUUAUGGAAUAUGCAGAAAAUGGUGAAGUAUUUGAUCAUUUAGUAGCACAUGGUCGAAUGAAAGAACGUGAAGCACGUGCUGCAUUUCGUCAAAUUGUAUCAGCAGUUGAAUAUUGUCAUCAAAAAAAAAUUGUACAUCGAGAUUUAAAGGCUGAGAAUCUUCUCUUUGAUGGAUAUUAUAAUAUUAAACUUGCUGAUUUUGGUUUCUCCAAUCUUUUUGAUGGAUCUAAAAAAUUAGAUACAUUUUGUGGUAGUCCACCAUAUGCUGCACCAGAAUUAUUUCAAGGACGUAAAUAUGAUGGUCCAGAAGUGGAUGUAUGGUCAUUAGGUGUAAUUUUAUAUACACUUGUUAGUGGAUCAUUACCAUUUGAUGCACAACAUUUAAAAGAUUUACAAGAACGUGUAUUACGUGGCAAAUAUCGUGUUCCAUUCUAUAUGUCAACUGAUUGUGAAGCAUUACUUCGUAAACUGUUGGUAUUGAAUCCAGCCAAAAGAGUCACAUUAAGGAAUGUCAUGUCUGAUAAAUGGUUAAAUAUUGGCUAUGAAGAUAAUAUUUUAAAACCAUAUACUGAACCACCACCAGAUUAUAAUGAUACAGAGAGAUUAGAAAUUAUGCGUAUUAUGGGUUAUCGUCCGGAUGAUGUUCGUGAAGCAUUAAUUAAACAAAGUUUUAAUAAUGUCACUGCAAUAUAUCUAUUAUUAGCUGAUCCUAAAACAAGAUUAACUUUACCAGCUGGUAGUCUUUUUCCAUCUAAUCCAUCCCAAUCAUUAAAUGAGAAUACAGGACUUAAUCAUCAUCCUCAUCAUCAUCAUCAUUCAUCUGGUUCUGAUGGUGUUACAAUUGCUGCCUCGUCAACUCCUGUUACUGUUACAGAAGAUGAAACUACUACAUCAUCGAAAGUUCAAUCGUCUUUAGAUAAUCCUAAUGAGAAUAAUAAUAAUAAACAAAAAACUAAUCAAAAUGGAUUAACAUACCAGAAUAAAAAAGAAUCUGGACAAGACACUAGUGGAUCUCAAUAUAAUGGAGUACGACGGGUCAGUGGUAUCUCUUGGAUGAAGCAAAGUGCAAGUGCUGGUCCAACAUCUAAUAGACAAGAGAAAUUGAGUGUAGAUGAAAAAUCUCGUCUACUUCCACGUAUUCGUGUAUCUGACCUACGCGAACGUGGUAAUGACUCAAAUCUGGAUGAUUCUACUGGUCAAGAGAAAAUCGAUGAAAGUAAAGAUAUAAUGAUGGAAUCUUCUAAUGGUGGUGAUCAAUUAUCUGUACGACGUAUGAAUACUUUUAGUAUGUCAGAUAAGGUUCGUCCAAAUGGUUCGGAUUCUCAGUCACCUAGUCUGAAAUGUCCAUUGUCUAGAGCACCACCAAUGUCAAAUAUACCAAACUCACUAACUACUCCAACAACUAGUAGUAGUGAAAAUUCACCGAUCAAACAGUCAGCUGACAAGUCUUCGUCGUCAGCAUCAUCUUCAUCAUCGUCGCCCAGUAAGCAGAAUGGUAAUGAACAACAAACAAUUAAAUUAAAUCAAGCUGUUCCAUAUUCAGAAGAAAAUCCCUUCAUCGGAUGGUUACGAAGAACACUUCCAUAUCGAAAAAAGCAUAAAGAUACUUCAAUUCAUUCCAAGCCUAAUACAACAACUUUACCCAUUACUACCAAUAAUGAUACUACUACUACUACUAUUAUUAAUAGUAGUAGUAAAGUUUCUUCGAAUGAUACUAAUUCUAUCAUUGAUAUUUUACAUACAAAUGAUCGAUUAAAGCAUCCACAAAAUGAUGUCAAUCGUCCAAGUAUUCCUUAUUCAUUAUUUAAUAAUAAUAAUAAUAAAAGUAAAAAAUCAAAAAAAUUAUCAAUCAAUCAAUCAGAUAAUCAUCAUGAUCAGAAGAAGAAUAAUAAUAAUGUGAAUACGAAACUAUCGGAAUCAUUCACUUUUACCGAUAGUCAUUCAUCCACAUUAGAUCCAACAUCUUCAUCGGGUACAAUGAAUUCUACGAAAAUCACACAACAGCAGCAGCAACAACAAAAUAAUAAACAAUCUUCAUCACCUAGUGGUGGUCGAAUCGCUGCAUUACCUGAUUCAAUUUUCAAAGCACUUGAUACAUUAAAAAUAAAUGAGAAGACAAUGAAUGAUGAUCGAAAAAAAUCUGAUUCAAAAUCAUAUGGUUUCAAAUUACCCACAACAACAACAACAGUAGCAGCAGCAGCAACAUCGUUAAAAAGAGAUUCAGUUAUUAAAUGGUCAGUACGUCAUCGACCAAAUAAUAUUAUAAUGACUACAACUACUGGUGAAUCAAAACCGGUGAUAACAAACAAGAAAAAUUUAGAUCCAAAUCAAAAUAUUGAUUGUUCUACAGAAUUAAAGAAUUCUUCAGAUUCUUCAAUGACGAUAGAAAUUCCAUCAACUACAAUUUCAAAGAAUGGAUCAUCUAGUCAUUCUCGACCAGGACGAUUCUUUCGUAGUUUAACAUUAAGGAUAGCUCGAAGUCAUACAACUCAUCAUAAUAAUCGAAUUAUAUCUAAUAUACAAAAAUCCAAUUAUAAAUAUACUAAUAACACUAACUUUAAACCAUAUAGAAUGAGUUUAUUAAAACCAAAUAAUAAUAAUAAUAAGAAUAAUAAUAAGAAUAAUACUAAUGAAGCUCAAUUCACUGAAGAAUUUCAUUCAUCUAAUCGAUUACAUUCUACUUCAUUAACUCAUUCUACAUUAUCAUCAUCACCAACAAAAACAACAACAUCUAGUAAUCAUCCAUCUACAACACAACACCAACAACAAGAACAUCAUCAUCAUCAUGAUAAUGAUGAAGUAAAGGGUGGUGGUGGUGGUGGUGAUGAUGAUGAUGAUGAUGAUGACACAAUGAAAUGUCUUGUAUCAAUUAAUCCAGAUCCAUGGAUAACUAUGGAAUCUGGAAAACAACAACAACAACGUAAGGAUUUAAUAUCAAAAUCUAAACGAUCAUUAUCCAGUGAAUUAGAUACUAAUAAAUUAAAACAACAUUCUAAUUCUCCUCUUCAUCAUUAUCCAUAUUAUCAUGGAUUUGAGUUUCCCACCAAUAAUAGUAAUAAUAAUAAUAAUACACCGGCUAAUAAUCAGUCUAUUGUUGCUGGUUGUGGUGGUGGUGGUGGUGGUUAUCAAAAAAAGACCGGAGUCGAACCAUGUUGCCUCCUCGACCCUCCAAUCUCGAGAACUGUAGUCAUAACUUCCGACAUGCAUAAAUUAAAAGCUUCAACUAUCACAACUCCAUCAUGUAUAAUAUCAUUAUCAUCCUCCUCCUCGUCAUCAACAACAACAAGAACAACAACAACUUCAUCUCCAUUAACAGUUAAAACAGAUUUUACAACAAGAUUAAUCAAUUGGAAACCAACUACCUCAUCAUCACAAUUUAAAUCAACUAAUGAUCAUUAUAAUUUUUAUUAUGAAAAUAAUGAAAAUCAAAAAUUAUGGAAACCGCGUCGUUUAUAUUUUGUAUUACGUCUCCCUAUUAUUGGAACUGAUCCACAUCAUUUACUAAUACAAAUUAUUGAAUUAAUAAAACAUUAUCAAUGUUCUUAUGAAUUUCUUAGUUCAUAUCGUAUACGUUGUACAAAAUUAAUGAAUCCAUCUUCUGAUUCUGCUUCUUCUUCUUCUUCUCCUCCUCCUCCUCCUCCUCCUCCUCCUCCUCCUCUUCGUUCCUCUCCUUGUUCAAAUGAUCAUAACAUUAUUAAAGAUGUGGAUAUUGAUCAACCAUUAGAACAUGGUACAGUAACAACAUGUCAACAACAACAGCAACACCACCAUCCCCAGCAACAACAACAACAACAACAGUCUGAAUUAUCUUAUUCAAUUCAUUUAAAUAAUAAAAUGAAUUUAAUUAUAUGGGAUAUGGAAAUAUUUCAAUUAGCUAAACCAAUUCAAUAUGGUGUAAGAUUUAAACGCAUUUCAGGCAAUCGUAAUACAUUCAAUUCUAUUAUGAAAUAUUUUAUUUUACAUACUACUAAUAAAACAAUUUAAAUUUCUAUUAUCUAUAUUGAAUUUAUUUAUGUGUGUAUAAUACACUAUGUAUAUUGUAUGUAGUUGAUUGUGCGCUCUCUCUCUCUCUCUCUGUGACUCUCUCUCCGCCCCCCUCCCUAUUUCCUACCUCUAUCAGUUGAUCUAUUCUAAUUGAUGAUGAUGAUAAUGAUUAGAUGAAUGUUUUAGUUUAUGUAUCCAUGUCAAUAUUUACCAUUUUUGUUUGUUGUUCUUGUUGUUGUUGUUGCUAUGACUGUUAUUAUCAAAUAUGAUCAUUGUUUCUAUGCUUCUUUAUUGUUAUUAUAUUAAAUUUUUUUUGGAUCUCAUUAUUUAUUUAUUUAUUUAUCUAUUUAUUAUUGUAACCAAGCCAUUAACUAUUUAUUUAUGAUAUACAACAUGUAAUUUCUAUGAUGAUGAUGAUGAUUAUUUUUUUUUAAAAAAAAAAUAAUAAGAAUAAGAAUAACCAAACUCAACUUACAUAUUCACAUUUGUACUUUUACAAUAUAAAGAAACAAAAAAUCAAUAUUGUCAAUGUAGGUAAUUUUUAGAGGAAAAAAAACGAAAGAAAGAGGGGGGGUAGGAACUGUACUCAUCUCUUUAUUUUCUGUUGUUGUUGUUGUUUGUUUGUUUGUUUUACCAUGUUCUUUCUUUUAAAUAGAGAUUUUAUUUUAAACCAAACAUCAAUCAAUGUUAUUUUACUUGUUUUUUUUCUCUUUUGUUGUUUUUUUUUCUGUGUAUAAUAUUCUCAUGAUAUAUACAUAUAUGUAUAUUGUUUUCUUUGUUGCUUUUUUCUCCUCUCUCUUUCCCCCCCCCUCUCUCUCUCAACGUUAAUCACUUUUCAUCAACUGCCUCAUGAUCAUGUAUAUGGAUGUGUGUGUGUAUGCGCUAUAUCUCAGUUACAGUUUAUAUUUGUCCUAUCAUGUAUCUGGUUUUCUUCUCUUUUUGCUGGUAAGUUGUUGUUGUUGUCGGUGGUGGUGGUGAUGACGGUGGUGGCGCUGCUGUUUUUUGUACUUCUCUUUCUUUCUUUUUUUUUCUCGUCUUAUUUUAUCACUUUGCUCAUCUCAUAAGUGAUCACUUUAUUUAUUUAUUUAUUUAUUAUUCAUAAUAUAAAUUGUAAUUAUGACAAUGUAAUCAUAGAUUCACUAAACUAUAUGAUCUCAUUAUAUAUCAGGUUUCUUCUUGUUCUUCUUCUUCUUUUGAUUAUUAUUAUUAUUAUUAUUGGUUUUGUUUUGUUUUUUCUUUUUAUUAACCCCGGUCUUUUAUGAAUUGAUUUGAUUUGAUCUUUAGACCUUUUCAAUCAUACAUUUUUCUUUGUUUGAUUGACUUCUAUGUUUCUAUGUGUGAGCUUAUUCACAUUGAAAGGUUACAAUAUAUAUAUGUGUCUGUGUGUGUGUGUGAAUUGAUGAAGGUUAUGAAGUUUGUAUAUUCAUUUCCCGCCUUACCAACUAUAUAUAUUGAUCAAUGAACUAAACAUUUAUGAAUAGUACAAUAUGAAUUUCUAUGAAUGAUAUUUAUUUUUUAUCUAUCUAUCUAUCUAUCUAUUUCAACCAUUAAAUAAUACUGUUAUUCUCACUUCAUACUUCACUUCACUUUGUACACGCUUAUGCAUAGAUAAUUAUUGAAUAUAUUCAAUUGUUCUAUUGUGUUUGGGAUGAUUCUUUGAAAUCUGCCCUACCCCCCCACACACACGUUUUUUUCGUUUUAAUAAUAUCAUUUAUAUAGGUAAUUAUGUUUAAUAUCUUUUCUUCACUAGAGUCCUUUGUAUGUAUGUAUCUAUCUAUCUAUAUGUAUGUAUUAUGUAACAUGUAUGUAUGUAUGUGUGUGUAUGUGUGACAUUGUGUAGUCAUUUACUUAUGAUCAUGCAAAAGGGGAACCUAUUUCAUAUUGUAUAUGUAGUAAAUCUAUGCUCAUUCUAUUGUUUUGUUCUUUUAUUUUACUGUGUUCUUUAUAUUAUGAGUUGCUUUUAUGUGUGUGCGUGUGUGUGUGUGUAUGUUGUAGAUGCGUUCAUCAUGUUGUUCUUAUUCUAAUUACUUUUCUUUGUAAAACACUAUUAGUUAUGAUAUAUAUAUAUAUAUAUGUAGACAUCUUUUUCAGACAAUGUUGUUGCUAAUAUACCAUGCUCUACCCCUCACUCUCCCUACACCACACACACACACACACACUCCUUAUAUUAAUCAUUUUACUAUCAACAGAAUAUUUCGAAAAACUUUACAAAAUGAU